AUGGCGCCUUCCAGCGCAACCCCAAAAUCCAUUACGAUAGGAAGUACUCGUUUGAGAGGGGCUCCUUCUGCAAGCCGAGAAGCCACUCCUACUGCAUCGAAGCCCACGCCCGCGAAGAUGCCCAGAACUAAAUCCGACACCGAACUUGCUGGACUCUUGAAAGUCGACCUUAUUUCAAUUCGAGGCCUUGCCACCUGCUCCAUCUGCGAUCAAUUACUCUAUGAGCCAUGGACCUUGGCGUGUGGUCAUACAUACUGCUAUUCUUGCCUCUGCAAUUGGUUCGUCCCGAACAAGCGAAAGAAGACCUGCCCCGAAUGUCGUGCGAAAGUGAAGACCAUGCCAGGCCCGAACUUCCUGGUGAAGCAAAUGGUCGAGGUCCUCAUGAAGCGGAAGGAAAUUCUGCCUGACGAUGAAUCUGCCGAACAACAUUACCAGAGGAAGACGGAGGAGAUUAGAGAGGUCGAAAACGACAGAAAUGGUCCCGAUGGGCUUUUCAAGGGCUGCUUCCCAAUACGCAACGUACCGUGGCGGGACGAGGCUGAGGGUGUUAUGAGAUGUCCAGGCUGUGGCCACGAGCACAUUGGAGGUCCGGAAUGUGAAAACUGUGGAAUUGAGUUGGAUGUGGACGACUUCUUCAGCGAUAUCGAAGACGACUUUGACGAUGAUGCCCUGGAAGAAUAUGAGUCUGGAUUGGAUGAUAUCGAAAUCCAAGGAGAGCUGGGUAAUGAGUUUAUGGCAAACCGAGACCAUCCCCACAACCCUUAUUUGGAUCCGGCAGUCCCUCGUCCUCCAACCUACCAUGCCUUCGUGCAACAUUAUCACCAUCAUCAUCGCCACCCGACCACGGACCCUUCAGAUGGUAGCGAUAUGGACAGCGAAGAAGAAAACGAGGGCCCAUUGCACGAGUUUGUCGUUCCGGAUGACGAAGAGCCAGUUCGUGCGCCUGGCCGAAACCCUAAUAAUAAUAUCAACAACAGCAGACCUGUCACAGUCGUAACAAUAUCAGAUGACGAUGACGACUCUGACGAAGAGGGUGGGGCAGUCUCGAAUCGCAGACCUCAGCGUAGAGGCCGGCCAGUUGUACAAUUUAGUCCUUCGACGCCAUCGGUUAUCAGUUUGACCAAUACCACCAGGGACUCUGAGGCUGGUGACGACGAGGCAGACAUGCUACGACAUGCUGGCUGGAGCCCACUCGCUCACGGUGAUGAUAGCGAUGCUGAUGGUCCUGAGGGUUAUGGAUACGAUGGCUACCAUGCUGGAAACGGCGUGACUGAAGAUGACCAAGACUCAGACGAGGAUAGCGAUACCAAUACCGAGACUAUGGUUGGAAAUCCAUACACGGGUGAUGAUGAUGAUUAUGAAAGUCGCGAGCCCUCUCUUACUCCAGGCUACGCCGGCUACGCCGAUCCCCAGCACCCGCUUUACGAGCUUCACAACCACUUUAAUGCCGCUAAUAGACACAACAUCCCCGACGAACACUUCGAUGCGGACUCCGAAUUGGAACACUCAUCCGAGUGGGAGCGUGCUACUGACAGGGAGGGAGACACAGAAAUGACCCCCGAGUACAAUUAUUCCCCCGAGCACAGCCUUUCCCCCGGUUCACCGGAAGCAAGUCGCAGUGCAAGUAUCGCGAGCACCGUACACCCACACUCUUCUUCCAACAGAAAUCCGUAUUCUGAGUCGAGAUCAAGUCGAGGUGUUAGCUUAAGCACAAACAGUGAAUAUGGUGGAGUCUCUGAAUCAUCAAUGGGAGGUCGCGGGGGAAGCGUUGAUAGUAUUGGCUAUGGUCAUGGCAAUCCGGAUUUGGGUGUGGCCAACGAAAUGCAUGAAGUAGAGGAUCGAUCAGAUGAUGACUCUAUUCGCACGCCUCAUCGACGGCAACAAAGACGCUACCACCAAAACUCACGAACUCAGCAGUAUGAUCCAAGAAUUAGCAUGAUCUUCGCAGAAGUCCAAACCCACCUGAGAGUCCAACCUCCUGGCACCCAGAAUAAUCCAAUUGGCUUGGACGAGUGGAAUGAAGAGCCUCGCAGAGUUGAGCCUGCUUCUCGACAUCGACGAAUGAAUGCCUACCGUAAUAUGCCAGAAAGACGAGUCGACCCGCUGAGAAGCUCUCGCUCUCCUUCAGCUACACGCAUCAUCUCGGUAGCCGAUAGAUCUUCUCGAAUUCCUCGACAAUAUCGGAGAAAUUGA